AUGCCGAAGGAGCUCACCGACAUCAAGAAGUUCAUCGAGUACGCUAAGCGCAAGGACGCUAGCGCCGCGCGCAUCAAGAAGAUUGCCGCGAAGACUCCCGGUGGCAAGCUCCGCACCAAGUUCAAGCUCAGGUGCUCGCGCUACCUCUACACCCUCUCGAUCGAUGACCCGGAGAAGGCCGAGAAGUUGAAGCAGUCUCUUCCUCCUGGUCUCGCUGUCCAGGAGAUCAAGAAGACGCCGAAGAAGAAGUAA